GAUAAUAGUUCGUUUGACUCGCCUCGCUCACUUAACAAGCCUCGAGCUCGAGCCUGAGCAAAAGUGGCCAUGGCUUCGACGCUCGGGGUAGUCGGGAUAGCACUAGCAAUCGCAGCCGUCGUCCUAGCUCUGAACCCGCCGACCCACCUCCUCCACCCGCCUCCUGUCCCAGGAGCCCGCGACUGCCUCCACGCUUCCAGGGUGGUGCCCGUCACGGGAGCGUUCGGGCCCGAGAGCCUCGCCUUCGACCCGAGCGGCGGUGGCCCGUACACCGGCGUCGCCGACGGCCGGAUCCUCAAGUGGGAGGGCGACGAGCGUGGGUGGGUCGACUUCGCUUUCACUUCCUCACGGAGGAAGGAUUGCAUUCGCCCAUUUGCACCGGAGUUGGAGCAUGUCUGUGGAAGGCCUCUAGGACUACGUUUCGAUAAGAAAACUGGAGAUCUCUAUAUUGCGGAUGCGUACUUCGGGCUAAUGGUGGUGGGUCCAGAUGGUGGUUUGGCUACUCUGGUGGCCAGUGAAGCUGAAGGCAAACCCUUCCGGCUCACCAAUGAUCUGGACAUCGAUGAAAGCGAAGAUGUGAUUUACUUCACAGACUCGAGCACAACUUUCCAAAGAAGACAAUUCCUGAGUGCAUGUCUAAGUGGAGACAAAACUGGCCGGCUAAUGAAGUAUGAUAAGUCGAGCAAGGAACUGAAAGUCCUAUUGCGAGGGCUCACUUUUCCCAACGGAGUAGCGUUGAGCAAAGACGGUUUGUUUCUGCUGGUGGUGGAAACCGCUACUUACCGAAUCUUGAGGCUUUGGCUUAAGGGCCCUAAUGCAGGAAAGUUGGACAUCUUUGCUGAGUUGCCUGGUUUCCCAGACAACAUCAGGAGGAACUCCAGAGGCGAGUUCUGGGUCGCCUUGCACUCCAAGAAAGGACCGGCCAGUAGGUUCUUUCUUUCCAGUUCACUCAUUGGGAAUUUCGCUCUAAGACUGCCGAUCAGCUUCCAGCAGCUGCACUCGCUAGUUGUGGGAGGGAAAGCUGAUGCCAUCGCCAUCAAGCUGGGUGAGGAAGGAGAAAUUCUGGAAGUGGUGGAAGACGCGGAGGGGAAGACCGUGCAGUUCCUCAGCGAAGUUGAAGAGAGGGAUGAUAAGUUAUGGAUUGCGUCGGUGAUGAGGCCUUUUAUUGCCAUUUACGACUUGAACUGAGCUACUUAUUCUCUCGAGUCGUGAAAUCGAUCCGUGUCGUGAUCUCUUCCAACUAAAGCUGUCUUUCGCGCGCACCAUCUCAUCGUACUCCCUUUCGUCGUCGAUUCAGCCAAGAAACGAAGAGGGUGUGCUUUUUCUUUCCUUUUCUUCUUCUCUAUCGAUCUACCCAUGUCGAAGUCGCUUUCCGCAUCAUCUGUACGAGUUCCAAUAAAUCAAACUCCUAGUUAAAUUUGCAAUGGUUGUACUGAAGAACAUGGAAUCGAUUCUUAGGGAGGCUUGGUUACCAAGUUCAUGAAAGUGGUUGGACGUGAGAGACUCUACUCAAGGAA